UAUGGGUAGAGGCACUCUGUCCAAAAGCUCCCGUUGAAGACAGUGCAAGUCUCUCUCUCUUUCUCUCUAUAAAGUAUCAUCGUCAUCUUCUUCUUCUUCAUGUGAUUUUGCCCCAAUGUCUAGGCCUUCUCAUCCUCCCAUUGGUGGCGGUGGUUCUUUCUUCCUUCUUCUCUGCUUGGUCGUUUUCCUUUUUCAGACCAGUUCAGCUCAAACCCAAAACGACGCCGUAGAUCCAGACCUUCUCACCUUCGAAAACCCAAGUAUUAAACAAGCUUACAUAGCUCUCCAAGCAUGGAAGUCAGCCAUUUUCUCUGACCCAUUUAACUUCACAACAAACUGGAAUGGCUCCAACGUUUGUUCAUACAUGGGUGUCUACUGUGCGCCGUCGCAGGCCAACUCUUCCACACGUGUCGUCGCCGGAAUCGAUCUCAACCAUGCUGAUAUCGCCGGCUACCUCCCCUCCGAACUGGGUCUCCUCACAGACCUAUCUUUGUUCCACAUUAACUCGAACAGGUUUUGCGGUAUCGUUCCGCUGAGUUUUCGUCGUUUGAAGCUUCUUCACGAGCUCGAUAUCAGUAACAACCGGUUCGUCGGAAAGUUCCCUAAGGUGGUUCUCUCACUACCUUCGCUUAAGUAUUUGGAUCUUCGUUUCAACGAGUUCGAAGGCUCUGUUCCUUCUAAACUCUUUGAUAAAGAUCUCGACGCUAUAUUCUUGAACGACAACAGGUUCAGAUUCGGUAUACCGAAGAAUCUCGGGAACUCACCGGUUUCCGUACUGGUUUUUGCGAACAACGAUCUCGGCGGGUGUAUUCCGGGGAGUAUUGGUAAGAUGGCGAAGACUUUGAACGAGAUCAUUCUGUUGAACGAUAAUCUCACCGGUUGUUUGCCACCCCAGAUCGGGCUUUUGAAGAAUCUUAACGUGUUCGACGUUAGCUUCAACCAGCUUCAGGGUCCGUUGCCGCCGACAAUCGGAAACAUGAGGAGCUUGGAGGAACUCGACGUGGCUCAUAAUAAGUUCACCGGUGUGAUUCCGGACACGAUUUGCAAGCUGCCUAGAUUGCAAAACUUUACUUAUUCUUUCAACUACUUCACAGGCGAAGCUCCUUCUUGCGCCGCCGUAUCCGGCGGUGGUAAAAGUGUGGUCUUUGACGGUAGUAAGAAUUGUAUUGCUGGUAAGCCUGAUCAACGAUCUGCUAGGCAAUGUGCUUCUGAUUCUGCUCGUUCAGUUGAUUGUAGAAAGCUCAGUUGUGACGCCACUGGCGGUGGUUCUCCUAAGCCUAUUCCGAAGAAAAAGCCUCAGCCAGUUCCUAAACCCCCGGUACCGAAACGGGCUCCUGCGCCUAGACCAUUUGUGGCUCCGUCGCCUCCACCGCCUACUUCGGCGUCUUCUCCCUCGAUUAGAUGGAGGUCUCCGCCGCCAUCACAGUCUACCCCAAGUAGCAAAGCGUCGCCGCCUCCUCCCAAGACGUAUCAUUCACCGGCUUCACCCCCUCCACCAACUUCAAGAAUGUCUCCAACAACACACCAUGCUCCGCCUCCUCCGACAACCACCAAAUCUCCUCCGUCCAAUCAUUACCAUUAUUCUUCCCCACCUCCACCGCCAACUUCAAGAGUAUCCCCAACGACUCGCCUUCCUCCUCCACCCCCACCGAUGACCACCGAAACUCCUCCAUCAAAUCAUUACCAUUAUUCUUCCCCACCACCACCACCACCAUCUCCGUCGAGUCAUUACCACUACUCUUCCCCACCACCGCCGCCGCAGCAUUAUGAGGUACCAAGCUAUAAACCCCAUUCUCCACCACCACCACCACCCACUCAUUACAGCUACUCAUCGCCGCCACCACGCACUCAUUACACCUACUCAUCGCCGCCGCCACCUCCAUCAAGCGAGCACUAUCCAGGCUCUCCGCCACCCCCUACGCCAUCUUACGAGCAUUACUCCAAAGCCCCACCACCACCAUCUCCACCACCUUCAACACCAAGUUACACCGCUAACUCACCGCCACCACCAUCUCUUCCUCCUCCGACGCAUGAGCAUUACUACAAAGCUCCACCACCGCCAUCUCCAACGCCGGAAGCCGGAACUCCUCCGCCGCAGUCAUCGUCUCCUCCUGGUGGUUGCGAAACACCAGUACAAUCACCACCACCACCAUCACCACCACCAAUAAGUCAUCACGAACACCCUGUCGUGACACCAAACCCACCUCCGGAAUCACAUUACGAGCAUUCAAGUCCUCCUCCUCCGACGCCGUCAUAUGAUAACACUCCUCUUCCACCCAUUGUAGGAGUGUCGUACGCUUCUCCUCCUCCCCCUGUAAUUCCCUACUACUAAUCAUUUUUAAAUUUUUUAUAUUUAUAUUUUCAUGAUCGAUCGAGAUGAUCAAGAUCAAUGGCUACAUUUUCGGUUUGUAAUUUAUUUGUUUGAAAAUUAAGAUAAGAAAACAAACUUGUAAUUCUUUUGUUGUAACAUUAAAAUGAUUGCGCAACGUUACAUUUUCUGGGUCGCAGGAAAAUA